CCGAGCGCGGCGCUGCCCGCGGCAUGGCGGUGCCCUGGGCGCUGCCCGCGCCCCUCAGCCCGGCGCAGCUGAAGCGCCUGGAGCAGCACCGCUACAGCGCGGCCGGCUGCUCGCUGCUGGAGCCGUGGCUGCAGCCCUACUGGGCCUGGCUGGUGGAGCAGGUCCCGCUGGGGCUGGCCCCCAACGCCAUCACCGUGGGCGGCCUCCUGUUGAACUGCGUGACGGUGCUGCCGCUCAUCGCCUGCUGCCCCAGCGCCACCGAGCAGGCACCUGUUUGGGCGUACAUCCUGAGUGCAUUAGGACUUUUUAUCUACCAGUCCCUGGAUGCCAUUGAUGGGAAGCAAGCCAGAAGAACCAACAGUAGUUCUCCUCUAGGAGAACUCUUUGAUCACGGUUGCGACUCUAUUUCCACAGUUUUUGUUGUCCUUGGAUCCUGCAUAGCAAUCCGACUAGGAACAAAUCCUGACUGGUUGUUUUUCUGUUGUUUUGUGGGACUGUUCAUGUUCUAUUCUGCUCACUGGCAGACAUAUGUAUCAGGCAUACUAAGGUUUGGAAAAGUUGAUGUAACUGAAGUUCAGAUAGCCAUAACAAUGCUGCUCUUGAUGUCAGCAUAUGGUGGCACAGCACUAUGGGACUAUAAGGUCCCCUUGCUGGGCUUAGAACUGAAGUUCUUGGCAGUUUUUGGCAUACUGUGUGGAAUAGCACUUUCUUUUUUCAAUUACUUCCGUGUUAUCUUUGGUGGAGGGGUUGGAAAGAAUGGAUCCACAAUAGCAGGAACAAGUGUCCUUUCACCAGGCCUGCACAUUGGACUACUUAUGACACUGGCCAUUGUGAUCUAUAAAAAGUCUACAACACAGCUGUUUGAAAAACAUUCUUGCCUGUAUGUCUUGACAUUUGGAUUUGUAAAUGCAAAAAUCUCACAGAAGUUGGUGGUGGCUCACAUGACAAAAAGUGAAAUCUGUCUGCAGGACACUGCAUUUAUUGGGCCAGGACUUUUGUUUUUGAACCAGUACUUCAACAGUUUCAUUGAUGAAUAUAUUGUUCUGUGGAUAGCACUGUUCAUAUCCUUGUUUGAUAUGCUGAGAUAUGCCACUGGUGUAUGCCUACAGAUUGCUGCUCAUCUUCAUAUUCAUGUCUUCAGAAUUUCAUCUCAUCAAGCUCCUGAACAGGUACAAGUUGUUUCUCCAUUGAGCCAUCAGAAUAACAUGGACUGAAGAGACUUGCGAACAGUUGCCAUCUCCUGCUGUUGCUGUUACAAGAAAAGGAGAUAAUACUGAAAAAAUGCCAUAUAAAUAUGAUACUUUUGAGCUAAUUAAAUGAAUGUCAAAUGACUUUUUAAUAGAAUGUGCAUUUUUCCUUUUAAGUAACUUCUUUAUAGGUCUGAUACUUACAGUGUCCAUCAUAAUCUUCUUCUGCAACAGAGCCAUUUCUUUGCGAAGUUCACUUUGUGCACCAGCUAGAAGAUUUUCGUUGCUCUUCUCCAGCUCUUCCAUGCUCUGAAGUUAAGGAUAAUCUUAAUUCAGAACUGUUCCAUGUUAAAGGGUUCACUUAAAAAAACCAUUAUUGAGACUAUAGUUUAGUUUCUACAGCAGCAGUGGUCACUGAUAAUUGAUGAGUUUUGUAAUGAACUUGACAGACAAAACAUACAGUACUCCAGUUUACAUUCAUGUUUAAACAAUAUAGACCCUGUGAAGGAAACAGUCCCCUCCACUCUGAGGUCUCAGCUAGUUGUUCUACAUUUCAGUAAAUAAAAGAGUUCUACAAGAAAAGAUGAAACAGACAUCUGUCAGGAAUGUUAGGGGUUUAAUGACAACCUUGGAGACUUGAAGUAAAGAAUAUAAAACCCAUUAAAGGUCUUUCUCUUUGCACACUUCUCCCCAAAUAAGCAAACCUCACUGGUUAUCUUCCUUUUGGACAUGCAGUUAUGCCUAUCUCUAAGUACGGAUGUAGUUGUAUUUUACUGACUUGGCACUUCAGGGCAAGCUCUAGUGGCAGAGGUUUUGUGGGUUUUGGUGGGAUGUGUUUGUUUUUUUGUUUUCUUUUGUUCUUUUGCGUGUGUGUAUUGAUGGUUGGACUCGGUGAUCUGAGUGGUCCUUUCCAACCAUGACAAUUCUGAGAUUCUGUAUUUAAUUAAGCUUAUUUGAGGCUUGUUUUUUACCUUUUGAUAUUAUUUGAAGGGAAAGAAAUCAAAAUUCUAUUUGACCUGUUCAGUUUUUUUGUCUUCAAUGAAGACAUUUUUGACAUUUUGGAACAUUUAUUAUUCAUGAAUGCUUCUGCAGUAUCCUCUGAAUUUCAGUUAUUUUAACCUGUUAUUCUAUUUCAGAAUUUUUUUUUUUAAGCUACCAGACUUGAAAAAAAAUAAACCAAAUCAUAACUAAAUGAAAUUUCAAAAAGCAACCAGUUAGGAAAUGACUGAGAUAGAAAUUAAAGUUUUUCAUAAACUGACAGACUUGAAUUACUGGGGUCCGCUCAGCAGCUUGACAGAAAAGGACCUGGGGGUCCUGGUGGAUACCAAGUUGAACAUGAGCCAGCAGUGCGCCCUUGCAGCAAAGGCAUGUGAUAGUAUCCUUGGCUGCAUUAGCAGCGCUGCCAGCAGGUCAAGGGGGGUGAUCUUUCCACUCUGCUCAGCACUGGUGAGGCCAUACCUAGGGUGCUGUGUCCAGUUCCAGACUCCUCAGUACCAGAGAGACAUUGGCAAUAAUGGACAGAGCCCAAGAAAGGGCCAUGAUUACAGGACAGGAGCAUUUUUCUUAGGAGGAAAGACUGAGAGCUGGGACUCUUCAGCCUCAAGAACAGGAGUCUCACAGGGGGUCUCAUUAAGGAAUACAAGUAUCUGAAGGGAGGGCACAAAGAAGACAGAGCCAGACUCUUGAGGCUUCCAGUGACAGGACCAGAGGCAGUUGGCACAAACUGAAAACACAGGAGGUUCCCUCUGAACAUCAGGAAACACUUUUUUAUUGUGAGUAUGAGUGAGCACUCAAACUGGCUGCUCAGAGAGGCUGUGGAGUCUCCAUCCUUGGCAGAUUCUCAGAAGCCAUCUGGACACAAGUCCUGGGCAACUGUCUCUAGGUAGCCCUGCUGUACCAGCUCCUAGCAGGACCAGACAACCUCCAGAAGUCCCUUCCAACCUCAGCCCUGCACUUACUAUUUGGUACUGUGCCUCUGCAUUCAUUACAAAACCUAUUGCUUAAGGUACUUUCAUUUCUCUCACAGUUUAGAUUUUUAAUACCUUACUUAGAAAAACAGUGGGAAGAAGGAAAUUCUGAGAACAAAGUGCUUUGUUCUUAGUGUAAACUGACAGGGAAAAACUUUCUUUUAACCCAAGUCACAUGCACAAUUUUCAGUAUUUUUACUCACCAGUUUUUGUUUGCUGCCCAGUAUGUUAGCUACUUUGUUAAAAAAAAGAACAACCAACAAAUCAAAACACAUCACAGUUAUCAGUAUGAAUCAUAUGUUUAAAACACAGAAUCGCUGUAAGCUCUGUCCAAAAAACCUGUGUUUGUAGGGACUCCCAGUCAAUGCAAAAAUUAUGUAUAAAACAACAGGCAAGUUAAAUGGGACUGAUUACAUAACCAUCCAGUUGGUCCUGUUUUCACUAUAAAAUAAUUAUUUCAAUCAGACUCUUCCUGCUGACAUUUUAGUGAAGGUCUACCUUGAAUACCAGGUUAGAGAAAAGAAAACCCUCUCUAAUGAAUGUGGCUUAGGAAGAGAUGAAGGGAGUUCUACUAACUGGGCAAUUUUAAGGGAAUUGCAGUUGAUUUUCUUUAAGGGCCACUCUCCUUACAGGAAGCAGCAAUAGCUAGAAAGGUUAAUGACAGAAAAAAAAAUUAUCUAGUUCUCCUUGUGGGUAAUGUCCCUGGCAGCAGUAAGUUGCAGCCUAAGAUACAUUCUUAAUAGAUGGUUAAGUUUCUUUUUUUUUCAGUACAUACAAAAAGUCUAAGGGAAUAAUUAAGACAAAAUCCUGGUGAUUUAACUGACCUAUAUAAUCUUUAAACUGGUACAAAACUGUGUUCUGCUUAGAACAUAUGCUUUGAGGGUUAUGGUUAAAUAUUUGGAACAAGCAAGCCCAUCAGAUUGCUGUGAGAACACAUUUAACUAAAUCAUUAUUAAACAGAUGCAAUCUGUCUGCAAGUAUAGAGAGAACACGUCACAUUUGUAACAAGGGAAAUAAACUAACAGGAAUAUUCAUGUUAGGCUGUUGUUUUCCUUAAAUGAACCUUAAAUCUAUUUCAUAAAAGUUGAAUUAAUACAGCUUUCUUAAAUGCCUUUUAUUAAAAAAGCUUAUGAGCCAGUGCCCUGGAGAAGCAAAAGAGGUAACAUGUUUAAAGUGACAUGGUAAGAAUCAGCCAUCUGCUAAGAAAAAAAUGUACUGUACCUUUAAGAAUUGCUCAUAGAGUUGCUUAAUGGUUUUCAGUCUCUGACUUUGAACAAUUCUUGCCUGUUGAAAAACCUUCUGUUGCUGACGAAACAUAUUCUAAAGCAAAAAAUAAACAUGUUAGCUAACUAAAAGCACUUGAAAGGCAAACUAAUGUAACUAGUAAUCAGAAAUUCUGCCUGCACUGGGAAUCUGGGUUAUGUUCUGUAGAUCUCUGCCUGGAGAGUUAUCCUUGUUCUUAGUAAUGAAAGACAGACUGAAGACUGGAUUAAGCCCUGUUUCACCUCCUGAGGUCCCUUCCAACCAGAAUUAUCCCUGUGAGAUCCUAUAAGGAUUGGUAUCCAACACAGCUCUCUCAAGGGUAUCCCAGGGAAAUACGUUGCUUAGGGAAAAACAAAACUUGCAAGUGUGUUGGGAGUACAAAUACAGCAACAUCAUGUGACUACAUUCCACUGGAUAAUUCCUAUCCCCUUUCAAUGAUCAAAUUCUCAUACAUGUAUUAUAUAUAAACAUGUUUUAAGCAAUGCAUGCUAAAAGACAACUACUUUCCUUUACUCCUUUGUUCCCUGAACACAAAGACUAUGGAUGCACAGUAACAGGAUGCAUUCUUUCUUCUCCAUACAUGGUCUGGUCUUUUCUAAAGCCAAAUGCUGGCCUGGGGCAUCACUUAUCACCAUUUAUAAACUUGCAAUAAUACGCCCUUACUCACUUUAAAAUAUAUCCCAAAACUUAAACAUUUACAGUUUGAGAGCCACCAAGCUUGAAUGAAAUUUUUAAAUCAAGAGGCAAACAAUCGUAUGUUUGUUUAAACUACAUAAAGAGUUUUUAGAUUUCUUGAGUGUCUCAAGAACAACAUUUCCACCUUGUGAAAAUACAGUGAAACAGGUGCCAAGUUGGAAACCCACCGCUAGUUUUUCUUCUUGCUCCUCAGCUUUCUGCACAUCUGCAUCCCAUUGCUGAAAUAAAGUCAGGAACUGCUGGGAGAACUCAUGAUUGAGCUUCUGCCUGUAAACAGACACUAGCUGUAAGCAUGACAAAUGUUACAAAAAGUAACAAGGAAAGCUAAGGUUCAACACACAGAUGGGACAGAAUAAAAGGAGCCAGCAUAGAUAGAGGCUAUUUUGACAUUUGGCCCCAACUGAAUACUGCAUGUUUUGAAAAACUGAGCACACAUACAUACACACUUUCUGAGUGAAUGCGGAUUUUAUAUAUAUAUAUAUGGAGACUGAGCUUAUUUACAAAAUUCAGGUUAAAAAUAAAUUACAAGUUUUAUUCCUAACAGUAUCAGGUUUUCUAAGAUUUACUCUUUCUAGCCCAGCUACAGAUCUCGGCCUCAGAACACAUGGUUUAUAAUGAAAAAUCUAUUAGCUCAUUCGUUAGUUCUUUAUUCUCUAGUUUAUCUGUGUACAUUUAAAUUAGGUGAAUGCAAGUUUAAAAUACAUAUAUAUAAAAUGACCAAGACAGUGACAAGUAUUGCUCACUUUAAGUUUUUAGCUGUCUCAUUUUUCAGUUUGCUCUACCUGUAGAAUCAGAUGUAGGAAUUAAAUAGGCCUUAAGAAGUGAGAGGAAUGUUACAUAAGGUAAAAGAUAUUUACAAUGUGAAAAUUAAAGUUAUUUUCUUUCUUAAACACAA